UUACUAAAUUUUUGUAUAACUUUAAAAUUCAGAUAUUCCUAAUGUAAAAUGCAUCGUCUCCUGCAAUGAACCGUCAGAGAAAAAUAAAACAAAGACAAUAGUUUAACUGAUAAAUGCAGUGUCAAUAUAAGUUUAAUUGUGUAGUGAGCGAAAGGGCAUAUCAAAUAACUUUCGACCUUUUCCAAGAACGGAAAAGUGACGGUAAGACCGUCUGACUUUAAAACCAAUUCUUAACUAAUUAAUGUUUUACACUUACUCUGAGCUCAUGUGCAUUAAACUUAAACUUAAACUUCAAUAUUGUGCACGACAGCUGUUUUUUAUUGUUGCUUUGUAUGUAUGCAUCGCACUCGAUAAGCAAAUUUUCUUUCUUAGUUACUGGUUCCUUGGUCAGGAUAUUGUUCCUGCUGCCUAAAUUGAGAAGAAGCAAUACUGUAGCCUUAAUUUACUAGUUUUGCCUACUUCAACUGUGAACAGUAAUAUAUCACGGAUGAGAUUACACUUCAGUUUCAUCAAGCCAUGCAUCUCCAGCUGUUUCUGUUCAUGCGUCUUUAAAAUGUACAUGGUUCAGUGGUUUUAUGAAAAUUUAUGAAAAUACUUCAUUCGGGCAGGUUCUAGAUCGAAUGAAUUUGGACUCUAUGCCAUUACGCAAGUUGUAAAGUCUUUCUUUUUAAUGCGAUGGCCGCUGCUUGUAGUCAGCCUCGUAGUAUUCAUGGUCGUUUAGUGUCUCCACGAUUCACAAGUCUUCAAUACAUUGAUGAAGGCGCCUUUGGUAUGAUAUGUUCAGCAUUUGACAAUCGUAGCUCACGACGAGUUGUUAUCAAAAAAAUUAGCCCGUUUUUCAACGGUUCAAAUGGAUCAAAAGCGCUGACAGAAAUUAUGAUAUUAUCCUGUUUUGAACAUGAAAAUAUUGUGAAUAUUUUGGACAUAGUUGCAGCCCCUACGCUCAGAGAUAUUCAAGAUCUUUAUAUUAUUUUGCCACUUAUGGAAACAGAUUUAAACAAAUUGCUCAAGUCAAGGCAUCUUUCCGGUGAGCAAGUUCGUUUGGUUCUUUAUCAAAUUUUACGGGGUUUGAAGUACAUCCAUUCUGCAAAUGUUAUACAUUUUGAUCUUAGACCAGCCAAUAUCCUCGUGAAUUCUGAUUGUUCUGUUAAAAUAUGUGACUUUGGCCUUUCUCUUAUUAUCACUCCGACGCAGACACAAAGUGAAAAAUAUUUUUAUACUUCGGCAAGGGGCUAUCGAGCUCCAGAAACUAUGCUAGGUACAUCAUUUAUUUCGAAAGCAGUCGACAUUUGGUCUGUCGGUUGUAUUCUUGCCGAAAUGAUUUCCAAUCGCCAGUUCAUCACAGGAAAAAAUGAUUUUGAUGAAUUGAGUAGCAUCAUCAAGAUAGUUGGAUCUCCUUCGUCAGAAGAUCUGCUCUCUAUAACGGAAGAACCAAUCAAACGUCAUAUUCGUUCGUUAGGCCAUAAGUGUAAGGUUCCUCUUUGUCAAAUCUUUCCAAAUGCUGAACAGGUUGCAUUAGAUCUUCUAGACAGAAUGAUUACAUUCAGCCCCAGUGAGCGCAUAGCGAUCAAAGAUGCAUUGUGUCAUAGUUUUCUUCAUCGCUAUCGUGACGAAGGCAAUGAACCUGUAGCCUCAGUUCCAUUAAAUAUCCAGUCAGAGGUCGACCGAUUAACAUCUCGCGAAAUUAGAAAAAAAAUUUACAAUGAAGCGGUAAAAUAUCACACCACAUCAUAAUUUUCUGCUAAUUUUCUAUAUAAUGUAUGUAUAGCCAUUCGAUCAACAUUAAUGUAAUGAAGUUGUUGAUACCACUACACUAAUUAACGUAUUUAUUGAUGAAGAAGUUUCAUUCAACAACGACAAUCUGAUCUAUCCUUUGGUAUGGACAUUGUGUUAACCUUUUCCACUGUAAAACUCGGUUUUCUGUUAAUGUGUGUGAUUGUAUUAGUUAUCUCUAUAAAUAUGAACUUGUGAUACCUUUUGUCACACGUGUACAUAUGUUUAAAAAUAUACAAAAUCAUAUUCAUUA